AUGGAUCAGUUACAAGGGGCUGGGGUAUUUUCGAAGAUUAAUUUAAGAUCUGGUUACCAUCAGAUUAGGGUGAAAGAGGAUGAUAUUCCAAAAAUUGCGUUUAGGACGUGCUAUGGACACUAUUAUUUUACGGUGAUAUCCUUUGGGUUAACAAAUGCACCUGCUGUGUUCAUGGAUUACAUGAAUAGAGUAUUUCGUCCCUUUUUGGACAAAUUUGUGGUGGUAUUCAUAGACAACAUUUUAGUUUACUCCAAGACAGUAGAAAAACAUAAAGAGCACCUGAGAAUUGUGUUGCAAAUCCUGAAAGAGCGUAAAUUGUAUGUGAAGUUGUCUAAAUCGGAUGCCUUGAGCAGGAAGUCAUUGUCUAUCGCUUGGAUGAUGAUUAAGGAAGAAGAGUUGGUAAGCAAGUUUGAGGAUUUGAGAUUGAGUGUUGGAAAAGUUAAUAGGAAUGCGUGCCUAAACCAAUUGAAAAUCUCUAUUGACUUCAAGAUUGAGAUUUUAAAAGCUCAACAAGAUGAUAAGGAGUUACAGAAACUAUUGCCGACAAUUGAGAAAGGAAAGCAAUGGGGAUUUUCGAGGGACGGAGAAAGAAUAUGGAGGUACAAGGGUAGGAUUUGCAAGCCAGAUGUUGGUAGCUUGCGACAAGAUAUCUUGAAAGAGGCGCAUAACAGUGGAUUCUCUAUUCAUCCAGGAAGUACGAAGAUAUAUUACAAUUUGAAGAAAAUGUUUUGGUAG